AUGGUCAAUCUCAUUAUUGUUCCUAGAUCUAAAAGCUUGCGCAAGAUCAAUUGCGAUACUGAUCCGAAGGCAAAAGUGCAGGCUAUCAUUAACGAAUACGCUAAGGUCAACAAGAUUGAUCCCAACAGAGUUAAGCUUUCUGUUUUGGAAGAAGAAGAGUCCACUGACAAGAAGCCCAUCCGUAAAACACUCAAGAACGAGAAGACAUUAGAAGCUAACGGACUUGACUUCUCUACGACGGAAACUCUCACAGUUUAUGCAAAAGAUGUAGGACCUCAGAUUGGCUGGAAAACGGUCUACUUGAUUGAAUAUUUUGGUCCUAUGUUGAUCCACUCCCUGGUCUACUACGGCUUGUAUGACCCAGAUUUCAACACAUACACUCAGAUUGCUGCUUACAUCUUGACCAUGAUUCACUACUUAAAAAGAGAAUUUGAAACAACCUUCGUCCAUAUGUUCUCUGCCGAGACCAUGCCCUUGAAGUAUUUGUUCAGAAACUGCGGACAUUACUGGAUUUUCAAUGGAUUGUUUAUUGCGCUUUCCGUGUACGCCCCUCAGGACAGGUACUACUAUGGUUGGAAGAAAUACAUUUUCAAUGUUGAAGACAGGACUUUGAAACAACUAUAUAUCUAUAUUGGCCUCUGGGCUCUUUGCCAACUGGCCAAUUUCUACUGUCACUUCAUCCUGAUGAAUCUGAGAAGUGAUGGAUCAAGAGAGAAGAGAAUUCCGUAUGGUUUUGCCUUCUCAUUGGUCUCCUUCCCAAACUACUUUUUUGAGAGUCUGGGCUGGUUGGUUUAUGCCAUUAUGAUCAAUAAUUGGUCGUGCUACUUAUUUUUCAUUAUUGGAACCCUAACUAUGAUGAAUUGGGCCAAGCAGAAGCAUAGGAACUACAAGAAGACUUUUGGUGACAAAUAUCCAAAGAACAGAAAAGCUAUGAUUCCAUUUAUAUUUUAA